CAGAAAUAGUACAACACUGUAAUUGUUUUGUUGAUAAAGGAGGGAAAUGGAAUGAAAGAAAAAAUUUUUGACAGAAUGAAAUGUUAGAGACAUAGGUUUUGCUGAAGAACAUUUUCUUAAAUUUAUUAAUAUAAUUAACAAGUUUCGUUACUAAAAUUAGCGAUGGAACACGAUGACAUUGUUCUUGAAGAGGGAGAGUUGUGCGAUUCUGAUGAUGAAUAUACACCUCUUGAACGUCCUACAAACUAUUCAAAAACUCAGCCUUUACCAAGGCUUCCCUCGAAUCCAGUAUCAGAAAGUGAUGAGGAGGAACGUCAAUCUGAUAGCGAUAGCGACUCCGAUCCCAACACAAAAAAGGUUAAAAAACCCAAAAUUCGAUUAAAACCACAACCUCAACAGAGAUCUCAAAUACAUAAAAAAUUCGAUAUAUGGAGCAAUCGACUGCAAGAAGAUACUUUAGCUGCCACUCUAGAUAACUGUGAUGUUGUACAGAAAGACAGAUCAAGAGAUGUUGAAUCCUAUGAUUUUACAAUAGCUCACAAGUAUUAUGAAAACAAAUUUAAAGUAAUUGAAAGAACAAAUAAUAAAAGAAGGCAUGACGAUCGAAACACUAAUUUUAGACAAAUACGUCGAUCUACAAGUAGUGAUAGAGACAUAAAAGGUGUAGCCAAAAUUAUUUCAGAUUUAAAAAUAGACAUAAAUGGUAAACCAGAAGAUCUAGCCAGAGACAUUGCCAAUAAAUUAUUUGAAGAAAAAGAGGAAUUAAUUUUGAAAGCGAUAAAUAUAUUGGGCAAACAAAAAGCUAUAGAUAUAUUCAAUAAAGUAAAAGAUAUUGAAGCUGAUGGUGGUAUGUUGAUUAUGAAUAAAACACGGCGAAGAACCCCCGGAGGUGUUUAUUUAUUUUUGGUAAGACAUGAUUACCAUAUUACUCCGGAUCAAAGAAAUGAAAUAUUUGGGGAAGAACGACAGAACUAUAAAAAUUUGAUUAAGAAAAAACAAAAAGAAAAACGUUUGAAACUACGCCAGGAAAUUGCUAAAUCAAGAGAAAAAAUGUUUCCCGAUCUCUUAACAAGAGCAGAAAUGUUGGCAUCCCAGAAUCCAACAAGAAAAGAAAAGGAAACUGACGAUCAAGAUUUCGUGAAUCCGCCUCCUACUCCAGAGACUGAUGGAUACGAAAACAGUAGAGAUGGUAUGGAGGGAUCUACCCCACCCGUAAUUAAUUCCAAUGAUUCACUCGAUACCUCAAGGGCUGAAUUGAACACUUAUGAUGACGACUUUCUUGAUCUUGGCUGUGCAGACGAUAUGGACUUGUUUUAAAUCAAUUAAUCAGAAAUCAUUUAUAUGUAAUUGCAUGUGAGGUGUAUAUGUUGAUUUUAAGUUGAACUGUAAUUUUUUUGAAUUAUCGGGUGAAUGCUGUAUUUGUAGACAACUUAUUUAAAACCUCACUGACUUGUUCUGAUAACAACAAAAAUGUUUCCGUUAUGAAUGAAUACAGAGCAUUUAAAUUCUA